AGAGGGAAAGUAAGAGCCAGAGAGGAGAAAGUUGGGAACAGAGCGGGAGAGGGAUGGAGAAAGCCAUCGACAGGCAGGGAGUACUUCGCCGGCAUCUUCAAUCCUCUUCUUACGACCAUUCUACAUCACUUUCGGCGUCUGUAUGUGCUGCUGGAGACAGUUCGGCCUACCAGAAGAACCAUGGCUUCGAUGACGAUGUUGUUAUCGUGGCUGCUUGCCGAACUGCAAUUUGCAAGGCCAGUAGAGGAGGUUUCAAGGAUACACACGCAGAGGACCUUCUAGCGCCUCUUCUGAAGGAGUUGUUGGAGAAGACGAAACUGAACCCAAAUGAAGUUGGUGAUAUAGUUGUUGGAACUGUCCUGGCUCCUGGUUCUCAAAGAGCUAUUGAAUGCAGGAUGGCAGCCUUUUAUGCUGGUUUCCCAGAGACUGUUCCUCUUAGAACUGUGAACCGACAAUGCUCAUCUGGUCUUCAGGCUGUUGCAGAUGUUGCUGCCGCUAUCAAAGCAGGAUACUAUGGCAUUGGUAUUGGUGCUGGUUUGGAGUCUAUGAGUUCGAACAAAGUUGGAUGGGAGGGGCCACCUAAUCCAAAGGCCAAAUCUCUUCAACAAGUCCAAGAUUGUUAUCUACCCAUGGGAAUUACAUCUGAAAAUGUUGCAGAACGGUAUGGAAUAACAAAGGAGGAACAAGACCAAGCUGCUGUGAUAUCUCAUAAGCGUGCGGCUGCUGCAAUUGCUUCUGGUAAAUUCAAGGCAGAAAUAGUACCCGUGACAACAAAGAUCACGGAUCCAAAAAGUGGAACUGAAAAGGAGAUUACGGUCUCUGUGGAUGAGGGAGUUCGCCCCGAUACAUCCUUGUCAGGUCUUGCAAAACUCAAACCAGCAUUUAAGGAGGGUGGAAGCACUACGGCAGGCAAUGCUAGUCAAGUUAGUGAUGGUGCUGGGGCGGUCCUACUCAUGAGGAGGGAUGUCGCAAUACGAAAAGGGCUUCCCAUUCUUGGAAUUUUCAGGAGCUUUGCUGCAGUUGGCGUUGAUCCUGCUGUGAUGGGCAUUGGUCCUGCUGUUGCAAUACCAGCAGCAGUAAAAGCAGCUGGUCUUCAGAUUAAAGAUAUUGACUUAUAUGAAAUAAAUGAGGCUUUUGCGUCGCAGUUUGUAUACUGCAUCAAAGAGUUGGGGCUUGAUCCAGAAAAAGUCAAUGUUAAUGGCGGCGCUAUUGCUCUUGGCCAUCCAUUGGGUGCAACGGGUGCACGCUGUGUUAGUACCUUAUUAAAUGAAAUGAAACGCAGGGGCAAUGACUGCCGAUUUGGAAUUAUUUCCAUGUGCAUUGGUUCUGGGAUGGGAGCUGCGGCUGUUUUUGAGAGAGGCGAUGUGGUUGAUCGGUUGAGUAAUGUGCAUAUUGCCCAUUCUUAGAAAUCUGCUAUUUGGAUUUUAACUGAGUAGAGCUCAGUUUUUAAGCACUUUGAUUAAUAAUUUAUUAUUGACUACCUUUGUUUUCCCUAAUUAACAAUAAAUCAGUUUUUUUUUUAU